UUUCAGCAAAAGUAACCGGAAUGGUCGCCGCUCACAGCGUUACAAGGAAUGCGAAAAAUUCUUUUGGCACCGGCAACGAAACCUCUUCAUGGGGCUGGAGUCCGUUUAUCAAUUGGAAUGAAAUGAUAGAUGACUACCUAAUCGGUGACACUAUCACCAUUGAAGCAACUGUCAGGAUCACAGAUAUGACUGGAUUUUCGAAAAAAGUGCUCAAAAGCUUCGAUGAAUCAAAUGAGGAAUUUUCCGAUGUGGUUGUUGCAGUUGGAAACGAGAAAUUUUACGUUCUGAAAGUGUAUCUGGCUUCUCAUUCUACGUAUUUCAAGACUCUUUUUCUCGGAAAAUUCGUCGAAGCUGACAAAUCUGAAGUCACACUUCAAGAUAUCGACCCCACUGAUUUUCAGUGCCUUAUGGAGGUUAUUCACGGAGAAUCUGCGAUUGAUGAUUCUACCAUCGAUGGAGUUCUUCAACUGGCCCAAAUGUUCGAUGUUUCCUUGGCAAUUCGAAAAUCCGAGGAAUUUUUGGUGGAAAAAUCGAAGAAAUCGAUGAGAGAUUUGCUUAAACUCGCAAAACAAUUUCAGCUGGAGAAUUUGAAAACCGUUUGCCUCUCAAAAAUCAAUACGUUGGAUGAGAUUGAAGCAUCGAUGGCUCAUAAUCCUGCAGAAAUGGAUCCAAGUGUGCUGGCAGAACUUCUCAAAAAAUCCACCGCUCUUGUUCGAAUGAACGAAGUGCUUUUUGCGUCGCUUCCUUAAUUUUUUUCGUUUUUCUGUUUUUUUCGUUGUUUUUUCACUUUGUUGUUGUUUUUCCGAAUGAAAUCACGAGCUUUUUCUCAAAA